GACGGACUUGCCGCCACUGUGCCGAGUACAGCCAGUGCUGAACUGUUAUGAUGUGUCAAUAAGUUAAAAAGGUGGACGGCACCAAUGAUGAGAGCCCCCCCCCGGUACCUGAGCGGGAUAUUAGAGGUCACCGUCAUUGCAUGACAAAGGCUGUGGCAGAUUCAUCUUCAUCACUCAUACAGCAUUUCCAUAGUUUUUUCUUCAGUGCGGUAGUACCAUGAAGGGUGGAGGAAGGGGUAAGGAGCCACCUGUUGCAGGGGAGGUCACUGGCAAGCGCCCCAAACGUAAAUGCCUGCAGUGGCACCCACUUCUCUCCAAAAAGGCUCUCGAUUUUUCUGAGGAGGAAGAAGAAGAGGAUGAAGAGGAGCUGGAGAAACAGCCAGUGCUGUGUGGCCAGGAGCAGGGCUCGCAGGUGCAGUGUGGAAGCACAACAGAGGAAGUAGAGGAGGACUCGAAUGAACAGCGGGCAAGGCGGCCUAUGAAUGCCUUCCUCCUCUUCUGCAAACGCCACCGUUCCCUGGUGCGACAGGAACACCCUCGCCUGGACAACCGUGGGGCCACCAAGAUCUUGGCCGACUGGUGGGCUGUGUUGGAGCCCAAAGAGAAGCAGAAAUACACAGAUAUGGCCAAGGAGUACAAGGAUGCGUUUAUGAAGGCAAACCCAGGCUACAAGUGGUGUCCUACCACCAGCAAACCAGUUAAGAGCCCUUCCUGUCAGCCUGUCAGCAACCCCCGCAAAAAAGUUUGGUCCUUCUCUUCCAACUCCACCAAGGACUCCACCACUGCCAAAAAAGUGCCCAAAACGGACAGCAUGCCACAGUUAAACUUUGCCAUGGCAGAUCCUACAAAGAUGGGAGGCCUUAGCAUGCUGCUGUUAGCUGGGGAACAUGCCCUCACAAACAGAGAGAUCCCCUCCAGCACUAAACCUAGUUUACCUGACACCGCCAGUGAAGGGAGCUCCUUUCCAGGGGAUGAGGAAGAGAUGUUGUCUGGGACAAUACCGAACAGAGUGCCUGACAUUACUGAAAGCAGGGUCAAGUCUGCCCUUUCCCCACUGGCAGAGUCAUCUCUCUCUGCGGCACCUGAAGGAAAACCAUGCAGACAGUCUGCUCUCUUUCAGCUUGCUGAGAUGUGCUUAGCGUCUGAAGCUGGAAAGAUGGACACAGUCGUAUCUCAGCCUGAGGACAGCUCCUCUUCAGCCUCUCUCCAGCAAGCUGCAGUCAAGGAGGAGCUCAAGGAGGAGAAAGCAGGCACUGACAACUGUCCUCCUUCCUCUCACACAUCAGCCCUCCUACCUUUGCUUUCCUCUGUCACUUCUACCUCCACUGAUGCCAUUCCACCGCAACUCAGCAGCCAAAAUGCACGUGUCAAAAACAAGAGCAAGAAAAAAGAGGUGGCCAAGGUAAAUGAUAACGAUGAGAUCCCCUGUUCAGCAAAGAAGAUCGUCAAGAAGUGUAACCAUGCAGAGUCAAAUGUGGACAGCAUUUUCAGCACCAUUGAGGCAGUGGCCAAAGGGGCCUGGAAGGACACAGAGGAGAAGCCCAAGAAAAAGAUGCAGAGCAGUCCUACUGGUGGAAACUGUGGCGUGUCCAAAAAGAAGAGUAAGCCCAAAGUCAAGACCUUCGUCAAAGAAAAAGAGGAGGAGAUGGAGGACGACAGCGGGCAGUGUGGGCAGUACACUUCCUCUGAGGUGGAGAUGAAGGAGGAGAUGGCUGACGUCAGUCCCAAGGCAGAAUCAGAAGAAGCAAGUAUAGGAAACACAGACCUCCAGGGCAGCAUUGCAGAACCUCAUUACUCCCCGGGCAGCGCUUCACCUGCUAAGCUCCGAGAGGAGGACAAGGGGAAGGAGAGGUCAAGCGAUGGGACCUUUGAGUCCAACACAGAGAGCCGCUCUGGCUCCAGGAAAUCAGAGCGGAGCUGUAAAGGCGCCUUGUAUAAAACCCUUGUUUCUGAGGGAAUGCUGACUUCACUGAGAGCCAAUAUUGACCGAGGUAAAAGAGGAGCUUUACGUGCUUCUGAUCAUGAUGCAAACUGGAGUGACGACAGCUGGACAGUUUCGCAGAUGGGACCUAAUAACCCCAAGAAGCUGAAAAAGUCCAAGUCCAAAGAUGAAUCUUCACAGGGCCUAGGGAAACUGGAGGAGGAGUUUGAAAGGAAGUUUAACAGCCUGCCACAGUAUAGCCCAAUGACAUUUGACAAGAAGGGGACAGCUGUCACAAAGAAGAAGAAGAGCGAUAGCUCAACUGUCCAAGAGGAAGUCUGUAAAGCUGGAAAAGGUUCAUCUCCAUCUCAGAAAAAGACUUCAUUCCACAAGAUUGUUAGGAAGCACAAACACAAAAAGGAGAAACCAGGUGCAGUGGACAAAGCAGUGGUACAGAGUGAUUCUAGCACGCUGGAUUCAGCUUCAAAAGCCAAAUCAUGUGCCCCUGUUGCCAUAAUGUGCCCAGAUGUACAGGGCACCACUAGUAUGGAGAUGCUAGUUGGUAGCCAGAAGAGGAAGGCAAGGAAGACCAAGAUCACACACUUGGUGCGCACAGCUGAUGGCAGCGUGUCUCCAGUCGAGGAGGACAAAACUAGGGACCCGACCCAGGAACAGGAUAAGAAGCCAUUACCCCAACAGAAUUUAUGCAAUGACAAAGGGUGCUACAGUAAUCCCAGAGCAGAAGAGGCAGAGAGGAGCACCGUAUCGCAAGAGCUACCUGCUUUCUUCAGCUUGGCAGCCCUCGCUGAGGUAGCAGCCAUGGAAAAUGUUCACAGAGGCCAGAGAGGCUUGGCUGAGAGUCAGAAGAAAGAGCUUACCCAGACUCCGGUCCUCAUCUCCUGCGCUGAUCAGUGAAACUCUGUUGCUGUUCUGAGAAGCCACAACAUGGACAUUGGCAGUGGAGCUUUAUUUCCUCAGCGGUAACCCCAGGCUAAAGGGACACUUGAUCAGGAAGCUUUGGACAGACUCCACCUUCCCCUUGUGGUGAAUUUGCUUGAGCUCGGGUUCAUGGUGGAGGAAAGAGAGCCUCUCCUCCUCCUUGCUCCUUACUAUCUCAGUGUUUUCCCCCGAAGCCUUCCUUUGGUUUGAGGGAGGAUGCCUUUCUGAACUCCUCUCCACUCCCCCCUUAGAUGCUCUGUUAGGGCCUGUGGA